UAACCACCACCAGCCAUGACCCAACACCGCCAAGCCCAAGCCCAGGCCCAACCCCACCGCCGCUCCACCUGUCACCGCCACCCCACCACACCCAUCACCGGAUUCUGCGCCCCUUGCCUCAGCGAACGCCUCGCCGGCCUCGACUCCUCCUCCCCAUCCGCCGCCGUUGCUCCCCAGAACGCGCAUUCCGGGUCUUCGGAGCUCCGGCGCAGCAAAUCGUGCUGCGGGACCCGACCCGAGUCGUCGGCCUACCCGCCGGAGCCUCCUCGGCGCAAGUCGUGCGACGUCAGGAACCGGAACACUCUCUCGGAGCUCUUCAACAUCGACGACCACCGCAAGGGCCUGCCCAGAAGGUUCGAGAUCGAUUCCAGCGGCCAAGGUUUCGAAUUGAAAGAAGAGCCGGAGGAGGAGCACAAUGGGGAUGAAACUAGGGCUUCGGACGCGGAGUUCAAGACGAUGAAGGAGCUGAUAGAUCUCGAGUUGCAGAGGAAGAAGGGCAACGGUCGAGAUUUGAGAGAAAUCGCAGGGACAUUUUGGGAAACUGCCUCGAACAAAGUGAGGCAAUGGCGCCGGAAGCAGAAGCCCAAGAAGCUCGAAAGCGAGGGUUUGGGGUCGGAGAAGCGAAGCGCGAGGCGUGGGUUGAGGGAGACCCAAUCGGAGGUGGGAGAGUACGCAUUGGGCCGGAGAUCGUGCGAUACGGAUCUGGAUCCGGGUCGGAUGUCGUUGGAUGAGCCUCGGGCUUCGUGGGACGGGUACAUGAGCUCGAGAGCGUACCCGAGGAUGACUCCGAUGGUUUCGGUGGUGGAGGAUGUGAAAAUGAGUGAGGAGGAGGGUUUGGAGAGCUUGGAGAGGAGUCCCGGGGGGUCGGCUCAGACUAAAGACUACUACUUUUCGCAGACGAGGCGGCGGCGGAGCUUUGAGAGGUCGAGUGCUUGUGCUCAUAGUAGCAAAGGGGUAAUGCCGGCGCAGGUGGAUGAGUUGAAGCUGGUGUCGAAUGGCGCUACCGAGUUGUUCUAUGGGGCGAAGCUGCUGAUUACGGAGAAGGAAUUGAUGGAGUCGAGUUCUUCGAAUUCAAAGUCUGUGGAAGAGGAUGGUGUGGUGGGGGGUGGUGGUGUUGGCAGCAUUGAAGGUGUUUGUGGAAAUGUAGCUGCUGUUUCGUCGAAUGGGGUUGAUCAGAAGCCGCAGAAAUGGCACAAGAGGUGGAAGUUCUGGGGUUUGAUGCAGAGGAAAAGCCAGGCGAAACAUGGUGGUGGUGCUCAAGAAGAGUCUUGGAAAAAGCUGAGGAGGGUUGCUAAUGGAGAAGCCAAUAAUGCCUCUGUGAGCCAGAAGCUGAUUCGAAGCUACAGUGUCAGCUGCAGAAACUCCUGCAAAAUGGUGGGUUUGUUUAGUAAUGUGAGCACUGUAGAGAGCAAAGGCAAUGGCUUGAAGACGUUGCAUAGGAACCGGAGCGCACGUUACUCACCCAGUAAUCUUGAUCACGGCCUCUUAAGGUUUUACUUGACACCAUUGAGGAGUUAUAGGAGGAGUGAAUCGUGGAAGAGUAGGCUGCCAAACAACAACUCCCCACAGACUUUGGCCAAGAAUGUGUUGUAAAGGUGCAUCACCACUUCACAUGUUCUUCUAUGGAUGUCAUGAUGAUCAGGUCAUGUUGUAAAGCCAUAUAUAAAUGCAUUUCUCGUUCUUUUUGAGAGCAAGUCUCUCCCUAACAUGUCUUUCCGAUCUGAAGAGUUAAUUGUUACUAUAUACUAUGUAAUUUUCGCUAUAUUCUCAUAAGGAUGUUAAGGUAGUUCCCUUUGACAAACUAGUUUAUGUAGCUGCAUAUGAUGUUUGAAGAGUCUGUAAUAAUACAUUGCAGAUUCGGAUAUUUGAAUCAUGGGUUGGUCCGUGUUUUUAUUGUAACUUGUAACAAUGCAAUUUAGGGUUCUUCGGGUUUCUUGAGAUGAAGGGUUCAUUUGCUUA